AUGGUCAAGCUCCGAGACCACCCCUGCACGGAGAGGAAUAUGGUGAAGGCUCAUGUCACUUGGAGCAUGUGGGUGCUGGAGCCCCACCCUAAGAACGGUGAGAGCAAGUCCACUCCAGCCAGCCACAUGCCCUCCCCCGCCCGGGGCAGCCCGGCCACACGGGAACUGACCGCCACCGAGCCCAAGGACCAGCAGCUCAUGGUAGCCCUUCGGAUCCGCCCUCUCAGUGACGCAGAGCUGGAGGAAGGGGCCACCCCCAUUGCUCACAAAGUGGGGGACCAGAUGGUGGUGCUCAUGGACCCUGGAGAGGACCCCGAGGAUACACUGCGCACCCACCGCUCCCGCGAGAAGACCUUCAUAUUCGACACGGUUUUCGACCAGCAUGCUUCCCAGGAAGAUGUGUACUGUGCCACCACCCAGCACCUGGUGGAAGGCAUCCUCUCCGGAUAUAACGCGACAGUGUUUGCCUACGGCCCCUCAGGUGCAGGGAAGACCUACACCAUGCUGGGUCUGGACGCAGAGCCCGGCAUCUACCUGCGGACACUCGCCGACCUCUUCCAGGCCAUGGAGGAGACCAGCGACAACAUGGACUACAGUGUGUCCAUGUCUUACCUCGAAAUCUACAACGAAGUGAUCCGAGACCUCCUGAACCCAUCCUCGGGGUUUCUGGAGCUGAGGGAGGACUCUCGUGGCAGCAUCCAGAUUGCUGGCAUCACGGAGGUCUCCACCUCCAACGCCCAGGAGAUCAUGCAGUUGCUCACCAAGGGCAACCGGCAGCGCACCCAGGAGCCCACAGCCACCAACCGGACUUCGUCCCGCUCCCACGCCGUGCUGCAGGUCACCGUGCGCCAGUGGAGCCGUGGCUCAGAGCUGGCAGAGGCGGUGCGAGUUGGGCGCCUCUUCAUGGUGGACCUGGCGGGCUCAGAGCGUGCGUCCCAGACCCAGAACCAGGGCAAACGGAUGAAAGAGGGAGCACACAUCAAUCGCUCCCUGCUGGCGCUGGGCAACUGCAUCAACGCGCUCAGUGAGAAAAGCGGCAGCCGGGCGCAGUACGUGAACUUCAGGGACAGCAAACUCACGCGCCUGCUGAAGGACGCCCUGGGAGGGAACAGCCGCACUGUGAUGAUUGCGCACAUCAGCCCGGCCAGCACACACUUUGAGGAGUCCCGGACCACGCUCCUCUACGCCUACAGAGCCAAGAACAUCAAGACCCGGGUGAAGCGGAACCUGCUGAGUGUCUCCUACCACAUUGCCCAGUACACGGACGUCAUCUCCGCCCUGCGCAGGGAGAUCGAGCGCCUCAAGUCAAAGGUUGAGAAGCAGGAGAAGGAGAGGAGGAGCGAGCCUGACCCCCGGGAUGCCCCAGUCACAGCCCCCACCCACGAGGCCGAGGAGGAGAGCCGCCUGCAAAUGAACAAGAUCCGGGAGCAGCUCAUCGGGGCCUUCAAGGAGCAGAUGGAGAUGCGGCGCAGCCUGGUGGAGCUGGAGAACUCCAACGUCGAGCUGCACGCCGACACCUCCCGCCACCUGCUGACCAUUGCAGACUGGGAGCGGGAGAAGACAUCCCACACACACAGGGAGCGGCCAGAGCCGGAAGGGCUGGAGGAGCGUCCGGAGGCGGACGCGGAGGGGGACGAGGGCGAGCCUGCGGAGCCGCACGAGGUGGCGCUGGCCCGGGAGGAGAUCAGCAUGCUGCUGGCCGAGCAGCGGAGAACAGCCGCCCUCAAGGCGGGGCUGGAGCAGCGGCUGGCCAACGCCAAGAAGAAGGCUUCACAGAUGGAGAAGCUGCUGCCCCGGCAGGCGGUCAGCGAGGAGCAGCGGGAGGUGCUGCGGCUGCUGUGCCGGGCACACGAGCUGGAGGUGGAGAACACGGGGCUGCAGGCCAGCAGCCUGUACCGCAGGAACCUGCUGUGCCAGAAGGACUUCGUCAUCCAGCGCUACCACCAGCACCGCCUGCUCUGCGAGGGCCUGAUCCAGGCCCAGCGGCAGCUCAUCCAGGAUGGUGGGCUCCGGGUACCCGAUGCCCUGGACAAGCAGUACCGCCUGUACUCCCAGGAGCUGGGCGAGGGCACACUCAACCGUCUGCUAUUGCUGCACUCGCUGAUGGCCAGCGCCCUGCCCGAUGGCUCUGUGCUGAACACGUCGCCCCCGCCCCCGCCCGAGGAGCAGCCUUCCACCGCUGAGAGGAAGGACCUCCCAUGGGGCGCCCAGUUUGAGCUGCCGCCCAUGCGGCUGGAGACGGACAGUGACGGCCACAAGUCCUCAAACGCCAUGCCCUCCAAGAAGCUGGGGGGGCAGGACUCCCUCCUCCCACCCUCUUCUGUCCGAAUCCUGCUGACUCCUCCGAUGCAUGAGAAGCCCAGCUCACUGAGCGUCCAGGACCUGGUCUCAAAGCUGUGCUCGCCGGCUGGCCCAGCCCUGAGUAGCCCCCGGGCGGCAAUGGAGGCGGCCGGCCCGGCCCUGAGCCCCCAGACCCUGAAGGAGAUGGCAGUGGACACCAAGAGCAUCGCCCUCAUCGCCGCCACCCGGAAAUCCAAGGCCCAGGAUCGAGAGGGCAGCUGCAGCCGCUCCCCACGCCACCUCCUCGAGGAGGGGACCCCAGACUGCAGGGACCCCAAGCCUAGUGUCACCCCAGAGCCAGGGCCCGUUGGAGACCGGCUGCGACCCCACGCCAGCCCCUGCAGGGACCGCUCCGUGGAGAGGAAGGCAAGGAAGAAGCGGUCACCCUCCCUCCCUGGGGCGCAGCCGGGGACAGAGCGGCCCCAGCCUCCCGUCGUGGAGCACCAGGCCGAGUGCCAACUGCCCACUGCGCUCCUCCUUCAGCCGCCCAAGUCUGGAAGGAGCUUCUUCCCGGCCGUCCCUGUAGCUUCCAAGGCCAAGGCCAGCCUCGGCCUCCUCGCAGACGAGAGCUCACUCCACGUGCCUGAAGUCAGCUUCUCCUUCCCCAGCGCCGUGUGGCAGAGCAGCACAGGCCAGAGCCGGGGCCCCCUCCUGCCCAGGGACAUCCGAGGGUCCAUAGACAGCGGAGGACGGCGACACAGCCCGCUGCCCCCCAGCAACCCCCGCAGGCACCAGGGGAGCAGUGCCAAGAGGCCACAGAGGCCCAAGUAA